AUGGGAAAUCAAUUGUCAGAGUGUCGUCGAGACCUCUCAGAGAUAUUUAGAUCAUUAUUAAGCAGCGUUAAUGGUGGUAGCAGUUGCUCUUGUGACAGAGAAGAAGAGACAGAGAGUCCCUGUUCCUUCAAACCUUGGCCCUAUCUACCCAGAGAUCUGAUAAUAGAGAUCCUUUGUCGAUUGCCGGAGAAACCUCUAAUUAGAUUCAAGUGCGUGUCUAAAGAUUGGAAUUUUUUUAUUUCUAAUCUCAAUUUCACUUCCAUCGCACUCUGUAUGAUCUUUCAACUCUAUUUCACUUUUGAUCACACUCUGUAUGAUCUCGAGGAUAUCUGUAAUGGGCUGUCACUGUUACUCCUGAGGUCCUCUCUUCCUUUUGAAGAGUACUACGUGUGUAAUCCGGUGACGAAACAGCGUGUGGCGAUUCCGAAGAACCCGACCCACCUGAAACUGGACCCCUGGUCUAUUUCGCUGGCUUUUAACCCAAGUGAGUCCUUCAACUAUAACAUCGUUGGGGUUGCUCAAUCGGCUCUCUAUGCAUCCAUCUCCGAACCUCCAAAGCUGGAUGUUUUCUUGUCGGACACGGGCGAAUGGGUCACCCACGCCGUGCCACUCGACCCUGCGGUUUAUGGUUUCAAGUGGAUCAAGCGUGGUGUUUACUUCAAUGGAGUGUUACACGUUUUGUCUUCUGCGGGUACCUUGUAUUCUUCGACAUCAAAAUGGGGAAUAAUAGGUUGUUUUUACUACUCUAAUCAUGAUGGAACAGAAUUGUGUAUUUGGUCACUCGGUGGUGGUGGUGGUGGUGGUGGUGGUGGGGAAUGGAUUUUGAGGCAUAAGAUCAGCCUCGAUAAUAUACUGUACGAGGAGCGUCGUCUAGUGCCGCAUGCCAAACUCUCUGGUUUUCACCCUACUUGUGAAAUGGUUUUUUUUAUGGAGCCCAAGAUGAUAUUUAGCUAUCAUCUCCAAACCAAACGAAUGGAAUUGCUAUUGGACAUGAGGAAUGCUGAAGAUGUAUUUUUGACUCUGGGUGUUAUCUUUACUUACUCUCAUUGCUUGGUGGGUCUGAAUAAGUUUUCAAAUCGUAGGUACCGUACUUCGCCACUGAAACAUGUUUUAGAAAAUUCCUUCUUUAGAUUUCAAUGA